CUUCCCCGGCGCUGCGAUGGAGCGGCGGGCGGCAGCCGCCCGGAGAGGAGGAGGAGGAGGAGGAGGAGGAAGGCAGAGAUUAGCGCGGUGCGGGCUGGCGCAGAGGCGCGGCUGAGCGCUCCAGCGGGAGCCUGGGGCCCUGCGAGAGUCAGAGGCGGAAGGAGCGGGGAUGCGGCUGCUCUCCCCGCGCCGCUAAACCUCCCGGUCUCUCGCCCGGGGGAGGGAGGGAGGAAGGGCAGGAAGGUCCGUCCUUCUCGCGGCUCUGCGGGCUCACGGGGAGCCUGGGCUGUCCCCUCCUCUUGCUUUUAUCCCAGCCCCGGAGCAGAAGCCGUCGCCGCCGCCCCCACUCCCUUCCUGCGCUCUUCCCACCAUGAGCGGGGCUGUUUUCACCUUAUAAAGAUGGCGGUGUGGGAUCGCUGCAACCUUUAGACUAAUGACUGUCAGAAACAUCGCCUCCAUCUGUAAUAUGGGCACCAAUGCCUCUGCUCUGGAAAAAGACAUUGGCCCAGAGCAGUUUCCAAUCAAUGAACACUACUUUGGAUUGGUCAAUUUUGGGAACACCUGCUACUGCAACUCCGUGCUGCAGGCAUUGUAUUUUUGCCGGCCGUUUCGGGAAAAUGUAUUAUCAUACAAGGCCCAACAGAAAAAGAAGGAAAAUCUCUUGACGUGCCUGGCAGAUCUUUUCCACAGUAUCGCUACUCAGAAGAAGAAAGUUGGAGUCAUUCCACCAAAGAAGUUCAUAUCAAGGUUACGAAAAGAGAACGAUCUCUUUGACAACUACAUGCAGCAGGACGCACAUGAGUUUUUAAAUUACCUGCUCAACACCAUCGCAGACAUCUUGCAGGAGGAGAAGAAACAGGAAAAGCAAAAUGGGAAACUGAAAAACGGCAACAUGAACGAAGCUGAAGAGAACAACAAACAAGAACUCACCUGGGUGCAUGAGAUUUUUCAGGGAACACUGACUAACGAAACUAGAUGUUUGAACUGUGAAACCGUUAGUAGCAAAGAUGAAGAUUUUCUUGACCUUUCUGUUGAUGUGGAGCAGAACACAUCAAUUACACACUGUCUAAGAGACUUCAGUAACACAGAGACAUUAUGUAGUGAACAGAAAUACUACUGUGAAACUUGCUGCAGUAAACAAGAGGCACAGAAAAGGAUGAGAGUAAAAAAACUGCCAAUGAUUCUUGCCUUACACCUCAAGAGAUUCAAGUACAUGGAGCAAUUGCACAGAUACACCAAGCUCUCUUACCGUGUGGUAUUUCCUCUGGAGUUACGUCUCUUCAACACAUCUGGCGACGCCGUCAACUUGGAUCGGAUGUACGACUUGGUAGCUGUUGUUGUUCACUGUGGGAGUGGACCGAAUCGGGGGCAUUAUAUUACUAUUGUGAAAAGUCACGGAUUUUGGCUCUUGUUUGAUGAUGACAUUGUAGAGAAAAUAGAUGCUCAAGCUAUUGAAGAAUUCUAUGGUCUGACCUCUGAUAUAUCAAAAAAUUCAGAGUCUGGCUACAUUUUAUUCUAUCAGUCAAGGGAGUGACUUGGCAAACUACGACAAUGGCGCACAACGAUGCUGCACGCGAAAGAAGGUGACGGCCCCCCCUUAGCUGACUUUUACCCAGACCACAUCUUGUAUGGCUGAACAACGACACACUCUGUCUCCUAUUAAAUGGUCUACGUGAUAUUGGCUAUAACCGUCCAUUUUUGACAUCAAGAACUUUGUUUUGGAGGGGGGGGAAGGGAGUUGUUUGUAGUUUUUAAGUCUGAUUGAAGAGUUAAUUGCAGUCAGAUUUUAGUGGAAUUUAUAUGGACUAACAUUUACAGAUAAUAAGAUUUGGAUGUCAACUGUUAAAACCAAUCCAGAUAGAGUAGUAUUUUAUAUGGAAGUGUUCAUUGCAUUUAGGGCAAAAUUGUUUAAAACUUUCUAAAUGGCUUUGGGGUGUGUUGAUUUACAAAGCAUUCCUUUAAAUACACCCUGACAUAUACUUACCCAUUUUAAGUGUAAGGGAAAAAAAUCUGUUUCACAAUGACUGGAACUGUGGUUCUAUAGGGGACUUUUUUACAUGUUAUUCUCUGCUGCAAAAAUCUUCCAAAAUCAUUUAAGCUUUGGGUUGUUAAAAACUUUCAGUGUGUAACCUCAGGCCUAAAAUUCACAUAGAGGGGUUUAAAUUAUAGCGGAUCUAAGUAAUUCUGUAUUUCCAGUCACUUUGUUUAUCAUGAGAUAGUACAGAUGUGGUGAGAUUUCAGAACUUACAGAGCACUGGAAUAAAGGGAGCGAGAUGAUACAUACGACACAGGGAUAAAUUACAUUUCUAGAGACUGAGCUUAUCUUUCCAUUAAAACGAUAUCAGAGGUAGUUUACUUACUUGAGUUUGGGGAGAUUUCAAUGCUGCUCGUGUAGAACAUAUCCAUGGGACUGAAAUUACACAGUCCAGUUAAAUAAGUGUUGUUCUUACAAUGCAUAAAACAUGGCUUGAUACUGCAGUUUUCUGAAUGUCCAUAGGUCCCAUUUUCAUUUCUGAAGACAGAGUCCAUUUCUUAGCAACAUAACAUGAUGUGUAACAACCAUUAGUCUACACAGGCUGUCACAUAUAUAUCAUCUCUAACAUUGUGGCCGUGUUUGACAGCAUUUGGGUCACCACAGGAAUGGAUAGGGCUCUGGAGUGUCUUAUUUAAGAAAAAAAAAAAAAGCUUAGUUUGUAAUUCUGCUGGGUGAAAUGGGCUGGCACUAGUCAUGCACUGACUAACAAAACUGCUGAGCUCACAUACUAGAAUUUGGAAAAGAAUGAAUGUAGAGGAAAGUAUCAAUAGGGUAUGAGAAGGGAUCGAUAGCAGGUGAGGCAGGGGUAGCCCUGGGUAACUACCUUGGUUGGACACUGUCACUCCAUCCUACAAUUCUUGAACGUCAGUAUCCAAAUUCCUGUUUCAAUGAAGUCAACGGCAAAACCACUCUUUCUGUCUUCAAGGGGACUGACAGUUGGUUCUAGUAUUUACAAAGAAAUAUUCUCAUCUCACAAAAUGUAUUUCUACCUGUAUUUUAUUCACUCUCAUUUAGUAUUUAUUAGACAAUGUUGCUUUUGGACCUCCUUUUCUCUAAAAAGCCUGCCUGACACUUUAUGGCCAACACUCCAUUUCAAGAAAAGGCUUUUGAAGUGCAGCUAAAUCUUCUAUUUUAGUCUUCUGUAGGAAAGAGGAUAACCUUUUUCAUUGUAAUCUACUGUGAAUGUGAAAUAACUUUUGUUAAAUAAUGAUGAAAAUGAAGUACUAGCUUCCACUGUAACAUCAACUGAAGGUCAAUUGGAUUUAUCCAUGGCCAUUUUGCAAACUAAGAAAAUGUAGCACUUUACACCAAAAGAGAAACAGAAAUGGACUUUUCAUCUAACAUUAUUUGUGAUUUAUCCAGUUAUUAUACCAAUACAAGAAAACAGACGUAGAAUGUAACCUUAGAGUAUUUACUUGGGUGAAAAACAGUAGUGAGCUACAGAGAUCACUCACAGGAAUGAAGGCUGGUGUGCAGGCUCAAGACUCAUAAUUGGGAUGCAGCUCUGGUUCUUUUAUUGAUGUUAGAAUGAGAUGUUCUAGCACAGAAGACAGGCAUCUUACAGGAGACUUCAACUCUCACUGAGGCCCAGGAGCUUUGCCACCGAAAAGCUAAGCCUGCAGAUCACUCUUUAAUGGAUUUAUUUAUAUGCAUUCUGAAUUGCCAUAUAAAAAUAUAAUAAAUCACUUGCCUUUUAAAGUGGGCAAUGUUUCCUCGUGAAUGAAGGCACUUUCUAGAUCCAAAGGUCUGUACUUCACAAUUUACUGCUGGACAUCCUUAGGGCAUUCUGCAAUUCUAAAACAGGAAACAGAAAAUAUAUUCUUGAGGUAUCGUUUGAAUGUUUAGGGCCCAUGUUUAUAUGAAAAGUAACUUUUCAUAAAAAUAAUUUUUAAAUCGGUUCAAUUUUAGGAAACAUUUUCCAUAUUUCAAUUGACUUAUCUGAAAAUUGAUUUUUUUUAAGUUAGUAAUAUGAAUUAAUAUUUAAAAGCUAAAGUACAGGAUAAUAAUCUUUGGUUUUCUCCAGCUGCAAAACAGCUCAUGUUGUAAAACAUACAGAUGAUUACAGUAUGUUAAUGAGAGAAAAAUUACUAGAACAAGUCUUUUCAUAAAAUAUGAAAAACUGUUUUAAAUUCCUGCCAGCCCAUGACAAGAUCACAGCAUUGGCACCACAGUGAUCCAACAUCAGUGGUCUGUCAUCAGCUCUGAAAAAUACUCACUUCAUGGUAACACCAGCUAAACACGAAGGAACAUUUUCUUUUGAUGAAAAAAAUAAAAAUAAAAAUUGCAGUCACAAUUCUAUAAAUUAUAUCUAAUGUGUACUGAAUGUCUUGAAUUCAGUCCAGCAAUAGCUUUCCAUCACGGGUGGAUGAACAGUGCCAGUCUGGGCAGCAGAACUUCCCCUCUCUGUCAAAUUAAGAACAUUCACACAGGUGUUGCAGGAUUGGGACCCUCACAGGAACAAUCAUAUGAUGUAACAUAUUUUAGUUGAUUAAAUAAAACAUAAUCCUUUUUCUCUUAUGAAUAGAUUUCCAGUCCCUUAUGAAAGAAUGGAAAAAUAUCUAGGACAAUAAAGCUUUUCAGCCAGCAGCUAGAAAACAAAAUUGUAGCACAGAUGUCCAAUCGUAUUCUGUGCUUCCCUAAAAUAACUAUUUUUAUGGUGUUGGGUUCUGAAUUUAUUAGACCUAAUGACACCUGAAGUUUUCUACUUCUUUCACACACCAUUACUGAGAUUGUCAGAACAUGCAUCCAUUUAUAAAUCUUAGAAAAAUGAACAUUUUUGCCCUGUACUGUUUUUCCACCAAGCCCAAUGAAGUACUGCAGUGCUGAUGAAUCAGUUAUCUUAGAGGAUGAGCUCAGACCUCAACUUUUAUGUUUCACAGAACAGGCUGUCAGGAUUUUAUGUAAUUUCUAUUUUUGGGACAUAGCAGAGGGAGGCAGAAGAGGGAAGUGAUGGAGAAACCAUACCAGUGAAGCAUAACACCUUGUUGAAAUUAAAUCCCCAAAUUACUCCUGCCAAUUUUGUUUUAAUAAUUUACAGUUACCUCAGAACGGUAGAUUACAUCUUACAAGUCUUGUCUCUCUAGCAGUUGGGGUAAAGAAAAUAAAGCAGUAGGUGUUUCCUUCGCAUUAAGUUUAAUAAAUAUGUUAAAAACCUAACUCAGCUGAAACUGAAAUUUACAUUACACUGUGGGCCCUAAAGUGCUGCCACAACCUGCCUUUUAUCUCCAGACAUUACAUUUCCUUCAUCCAUCUGCUGCAGCAUCACGUACUUGGGACCCGAGCCGACAGCUUGCAGCUGCCAGUGAUUCCAUGCCUCUCAGCAGCAGCCCCUUCUUGUGUUCUCCCUUUUCUGCUGCUUGUGGCUGACAAGUGAGAGCAGUAUCUUACAGCUGAAUGUGGGCUAGAAAUUUGAAGAAGUUUUGGCUGUGUACCUGUUCUUUGCUAGUACCGUUUAUCAGUGUUUGUUUUAAUUUAUUUCUCUUUUGUUGGUCUGUUAUUGUAUUUGUAUAAUAACUUAUGUAGUUAAUAUUAUUAGGGUUUUGUUUUAAUUUUUAUGUACUUUAAUUUUUUAAAUGUAAUCAACCCAAGCACUUUAAACAACAACGUCAAUCUUGUGAAAUUCCAAUCAGCUUAACAUUUUGCCUUUGUCUUUUUGCUUUUGCAGCUGUUUGCUUGUGAUCCAACGUCUCUAGUUACAGCCCAGUUCCCAUUCUUAGGCUUGUAGUCCUAGUUGGGUUGUAAAUUUGGGAAGCCCAAAUUUGUUCAUAGGUAAUUGUUCCUACAGAACAAGGAGGCAGUAUUUACUACACCUGGCAGUGUGUACCUGAGGAUUGCACUCACACUGCACAUUUCACAGCCCUUUUUGCACUCUCUGCUAACCCGGCUGAGAAUGACUGUGAUGCUUUAAUCUGUGGCGCAGUUAUCAAUGACUAAUUUAAGAAAAUCUCCACUUCUCCCAGGAGAAUUCUCUUUUACCAAACACAAGAGUUGGCUGUCAAUCAGCUGAUGAUACAGACAUUGCACUCUUUGCCAUUUUAUCUGUGCUCUGUACAGUCUCAAGCAUGAAUAAUCCUAAGAGCUGCAUUUAUUCUUGGCCCUUGUCUGAGCACUCGCAAGGAGGGCAAUCUUUUUGCAUUUUCCUUCUCUCCACUUGGGCUCCUAUAAAGGGAAAAGAUAAUGAAGUAGGAAAAGUGCUGGUGUAAAAAAACCACACCAUUUAUCAAAGACACUGGAUGUUUCUUAGAGGCCAGCAUCUGUGGUAUCCAUAUCAGAAAGUCACUGACUUUCUGUGUUGUUAAUGCAAGGGUUAUUUUUAGUUUUUUAGACUUCAUAUUCUCUUUGAUCAAUGACAAGAAACAGGGCUUUUUCCUGUUGCAUCAGUUCUAUUACUGAGGUGUUUCUUCUCAAUUUAACAUGGCACUUAAUAUUUAAAUAGCCCUUGGGAAGCCUCAACAGACACCCUUUUAAUUUCUUCCAGUUAACAUGCAUUACUUCAAAGAGAUUGCUUGAACCUGUCCACAAGACUUAUUCAGAUUAACACACUCCUUUUGCAUACAAGGUCAAAUAACACCUAUCAGGAGGUAUGUGCCCACCUGAUGGGACCAUCUGGGCUAAGCCCACACGUCUGUACACACUAAUGAUUCCUUACCCUCUAGGAGGUUUGCUUGCUGGUUGUGCCUGAAUGAUUUGAAAUGAAACGGUGCAUAACUCCCAUUAUUCAUGGUCUCAGAGUUCCUAUAAUUCUUUAAUAAUUCUGCUUCACUUGAUUGUCAAGACUGCGACUAUUGCAUGGUGUGAAAUAAAUUGUGUGUGCCAGUCAUGGUGAUCAAUUUAACAGCCUAGAGCUUCUGGUGAAGCCUGAUGCAGGUGGCAACUUCGCUGUAUGUAAGAAUGUUAAAGAGUAAGUGACUUUUCUGUGACAGCACAGUAGGUCUGCAGGAGGAGCUGGACUGUCAUACAGCUUCCUAACCCUCCGCUCACACCCAGCUGAAGUUGGUGCUCCAUCCUGUAGAAAAUCCUGACCCUUCUCCUAAGGGUUCCAAAGUGGCAGGAGCAAACCCUGUGCAAAGACACCUUGCAGUUCACCAGAACACCUUCCUGGCCACAGGAGAUAAUUUAUGAAUGUUUGCAACCCCUCUCUCCCCACUCCCCAAAACAUCAUUGGUAGAUGACCAUUCCUUAAAGAGGCUGAGCUUAAACAUCAGCUUUCAGUAAUGGUGGCCAUCUUUGCAAAUGUCCCAAGGCAGAUUGUGUUCACACUCUAAACUGUUCCCUAGUUCUCUCUCAACUCUCCUUCUACCAGCAAAAGCAACGUCAGGGCAGCCACGUUACAGGUUCAAGUGCUUUUCCUGGAGACAAUUUUCUAGCUUCAGUGGCUUUUGUUGAAGAAAAGCUAACACAAGCUCCAUGACUUAUCCAUGACUCUUUAGGAGUAAGGUCACCAUACACUGUUCUAAUAUGAGUGUAGGGUAGGGGGAAGAAGAAAGAGAAAAGGAAGAGAUAGGUAAAGGGUUGGUUUUUCAGAGGCUUUGAAUAUGUAUAUCUGUUUGUAAAUAUAGAGUCUCUCUCUACCUUGUCAAAACGAUACAAUCGUAAUAAAACUACUUAAAUAUUUUGUGCUAGCUUUUUAAAUGGAGCAAGAGGUAGUAAAAUUAUUAGGCACACAAUUGGGGAUACAUAAAAAUACUUAAUUUCUAGUAAAGCGUACAAUACAUGGUGUAUGUGUACAGUUGAGUAUCUGCUCUUUUUAAUCAUGUACAUGUAAUUAAGCUGCACUACCUGCAGACCUGUAAGAUAAAUCUCAUGUUGGUUAUUAAGGUUGUAACAUAAGAAAACAGUAUUUUCUCCUGUUAACAUGUUUAUAUUUUACAAAAAAUAAACUCCCUAGCUGAUCUUGCUUCCA